UCCUCACUUCAAUGCCUGGAAAGGAAAACAAAAUAACCUCAACUCCGCUUUGAGAAAAAUCUUUCCAAGAACUUUCUUCAGAGAUUUUGCUCGAGGACCAGAGUUGGACGAGAGAGACAGUACUAGGCUUAAGGCACCUUCUGUAGGUUGCCAACCCAGUUUGAUUUGGGCACCACAUAUGAUCCGAGAGCACUGCUAAGAGUGAUCCCAGAGCAGAGGGCCAAGUUAGCCCAGAACAGCUCCAGGUGAUUUAUACAAUGAAGAAACAGGUAUUUUGGGUUUCUACAUGUUUGCUGAUUAGCUGUGUGUCUACUCUUAAUGCUAUUCAUGAGGAAGAUGAAGAACAUACGAACAUUACAGGUGUCAGCUUGCCACCACUGAAACUUGUAAAUUCAUUCUGUGCCUAUAAACCAGACGAUGGACCAUGCAAAGCAUUGAUAACUAGGUAUUUUUUCAACAUCCGCACUCAACAGUGUGAAGAGUUUAUAUACGGAGGAUGUGAAGGAAAUCAGAAUCGAUUUGAAACCCUGGAAGAGUGUAAAGAACAAUGUGUAAGAGGCUAUCGGAAAGGAAAAUGGGUAAAGAAAACACUUCACAAAGUAAAGCCAGAUUUCUGCUUUUUGGAAGAAGAUCCUGGAAUCUGUCGUGGAUAUAUUACUAGAUAUUUUUAUAACAAUCAGUCCCAGCAGUGUGAAGAUUUCAAGUAUGGUGGAUGCCUUGGGAAUCUCAACAACUUUGAAUCAUUGGAAGAAUGCAAAAAAACCUGUGAGCUUCCAUUGAAUGCUUUGGAAGAUGAUGAUUCUAAAACCCAGACUGAUGCAGUGAAUAGUAACUCCUUGGCUCCCCAGCCUACCAAGGUUGCCAGAUUUUUGGAAUAUCGUGGUCCCUCCUUGUGUAAGACCCCAGCAGACAGAGGUCUGUGUAGAGCAAAUGAAACAAGAUUCUACUUUGAUUUCAGCAUCAAAAAAUGCUGCACAUUUUCAUACAGUGGAUGUGGAGGGAAUGAAAACAAUUUUGUUUCUAAAGAAGACUGUAUUAGAGCUUGUAAAAAAGGUUCCUUCUGGAAAAGAGUAAAGGGCAGUUUGAUUAAAACCAAACGAAAACUGAAGCUACCAGUGAUAGUAGUACAUGAAGAAACUACAAAUUAA